CGGCUGCGGAGCCCGGCUGGUCCGCGUCUCGCUGCUGAGGCAGAAGCGCAGGGGCGUCAUCCGCUAGGACCUGCGUGGUCUGCUCGCUUAGCCCCAAGACAGCAAGUGGGAGAAAUUAGCAAAACUCCAUUUGGGCAUGAAGAGACCAAGGGGUAGGAAAAGUGGAGGAAAACAAGCCAUGCCAGGCCGACAGGCUCUGCCUGACACCGUGCUUGGUAGGCAGGAGGCAUUCAGAAAGUGUCCUUUUGCAAAGGAGUAACAGACCGGUAUUUCUUCUGGCUCUUAGUCACAAGCCGGACUUGGUGCACGCCUGUAAUACCAGGACUCAGGAGGCUGAGGCAGGAGGAUCGCGGCGAUCUUGAGGCCAGCCUGGGCUACCCAGUGAGUUCCAGGCCCGCCUGGACUACAUACGAGAGCCUGUCUCAAAACAACAGAAGAGUCACACCUCCUUCCCGCUGAGCUGGGCAUUUUGUUGGAAUCUUUUUCUCCAUAGAUCCCUGGCUGUUGUACAAGGUAACUUCGUUUCUCCCCGCUUCUCGUCUGGGGGGCCCUGGCCGGGCAGCCCCCCACAUCUUUCCCGCCCUGAAACACGGCUCUAGCCAACCUGCUUCGCUGCUUCACCUGCGACCGGCUCUGCGGGGGCUGCACCGCGCCAGCCCCCCCAGCCCGCCAGGGCAUCGUCCUGCAGCCCGUCAUGCCCAGCUGUGACCCCGGCCCGGCCCCCGCCUGCCUGCCCACCAAGACCUUCCGCAGCUACCUGCCGCGCUGCCACCGAACCUACAGCUGCGUCCACUGUCGCGCCCACCUGGCCAAGCACGAUGAGCUCAUCUCCAAGUCCUUCCAAGGGAGCCACGGCCGGGCCUACCUGUUUAACUCCGUGGUCAACGUGGGCUGCGGGCCAGCCGAACAGCGCCUGCUGCUCACCGGGCUGCACUCAGUAGCUGACAUUUUCUGCGAGAGCUGCAAGACCACGCUGGGCUGGAAAUAUGAGCAGGCUUUCGAGACCAGCCAGAAGUACAAGGAGGGGAAGUACAUCAUCGAGAUGUCACACAUGGUGAAGGACAACGGCUGGGACUAGGCCAGGCGGGCCGGCCCUGCAUGCCCACCCUCCCACCUGCCCCAUGGCCAGACCAGCAUGUGUACUGCCCACCCUGGGGACCCGGCGCCCCACCGCCUCCCUGCCCCCAACUCCCCCACCAGGCCCCCUGCGGCAGGGUCAGGGGGACCCCAGGGGUGUCCAAGGCUCAGGGGUGGCAGCAGCAGUCAGGGGGAUGCAGCACCGGAGAGGGGGCCUGUGUGUCCCCGAAGGCAGACGGCAGGGCCAGGACUCAGGCAGAGGACCAGGGAGGAGCCAGGCCCCGACCCGCCUCAUUUUGAGGACAAAGCAAGGUCUUGGGCCAGGCAGAGCCUCAGCCACAGGAGAGCAGAGAAGAGGCUGGGCGGCUCGGAGAAAGUCCUGGCCUCCAUGCCAGACUGAGGUGGGGAGGGACUCGGGGGAGGGAACCCCAAGUCCAGGUCCCAGCAGCGACCACAGGGCAUGUCCCCCCACUGUUUACCUUGACACGGAACAGGUACUGCGCACGUGGUGGGGUGUGGGGGACCCUCAGCCACACAGCCCCACCCAGCGGGCUGGGCCCAGAGGGAGCAGGCGUCGAGGGCUGUCCAGGGCCCGCCACUGCUCCCUGGGACCUGGUCCCAGGAGGGCAGGUGCGUUGUCAGGGCCACGGGUGUCCCGUGGCUGCCACCAGCGAACGAAACUUUUGUAUGAUACAUAAAGUGUUUGGGUCUAUUUUUAAUAAAAAGAGGAAAAGCCACCGUGA